CGUCAACCGCCUCUCCUGCUGUAAACAAUUGAGAAUUCAACUUUUGGUUCUCGAAUACCUCCCCGGCCGGGACCCAGAAUAUGACGUCGCAUAUCAUUAACCUCAAAGAGUAAACGAUCUACUCGUCCUGGACCGUUCAGAUCGCGAGACAAAGAUCGACUGUGCGGAACGGCGGAUCCUCCAUGAGUUUGUCGAUCUUAUCAAAACUGCCCCCUAUGGAGCGUGGGCACUCGAUGAAGUAAGUAUCUGCACAUUCCUCAUGGCCGUGCUGGAAAAGGGAUUUCCACUGGUAUUCUACAACCCCAAACCGAUACGAUGGGGUCGAAUGACACCCGAAACGAGCUGGCUCCCCGAAAAGCGAAAAAGCAAAUUACGAAUCGUAUUCGGCAAUCAGGUAAUUGGCUGGUUUCAACAUUUCUUCGUGAUUGUGGUAUCUUUUGGACAAAUCAAGAACCGUGUGCAACUCCGUCAUCCCUCUAGCCCCUCCUUCCUCAGCCUCGACUGUAUAUAGCUGGUACAAGGCCAAGUCCACUUCAACUUUCCAACCCUCACAUGCAGGUACCAUUCUCGUUGGGGCUGCCGAUAUCACCCUUGAUGACGCAGAGCUUCGAGCAGCAAGGAGUCUGCGAAUCGCAUGGCAAACCGUUGGGGGUGCAUUGGUUCGGCACCGCAGCCACGGCAGCGACAAAGACAGAGAGAAUGAGAUAGGCGAGACGCAUGUUGACCGGCAGAUUAAAUGUGAUUUGAAGGACUGUAGGUCAUUAGUCACCGGGCAUGAUCUACGUCAAUCAAAGACUGUGUGAAUACCUUUUAAGGUUAUGCUUUUCAGGCUUGACGCAAGGGAGUGUGAGUAAGUAGCUUGGAUGUCGGAAAGC